AUGACUGCCCCUACCCCCACCCCCCUCCCCAAGAACUAUGCUGCAUAUCUUUCCAGUAACCCGCUGCCGAUCCCUCCACCGACCUUGGAGAAACCCGAUCCUCCCGUUGAGCUUUGGUUGGAGGAAGCGAAUGGUCGACGAACAUCUGUGACCACCGAUGCGGCUUAUCAGGAAUUGCAUGGCCUUGUGUUGCUCGUCCUGCGUCAAAUGGCCUACGGUUCAGCCUUGAGAGAAGCACACAACAUUCUCGCACGCAUUGCCGAGGACCUUGAGGUAAUCGCAGCUCGCGGAACCGACGCCAGAAUCACCUUCACGCAACUUUGCAAAUACAUCAUCCAAACCCCGCCUUGUUUCAUAUUCAAAACACUGGAAGAUGUUGACCGCACUAUAAGCUGGGGCCAAGUAGACAAAGCUAGCAACACCAACGCUAUAUUUGUCAGCCUCGAUCUUGUGGCGGCAAUCCGAGACAAUCCAUUGGUCGCGCAUGCUGCCAAUAAACAAGAGUUGUGGCAUCGCCUCUUCUUCGUUGUUACCAUUUUUCACGAAAUGAUGCUUGCCAGCACGAAAAGGUUCUUCAAGUCUAUGACUACGCCUUUUAUGGGUCAGCUUGACAGCGAUGGGAACGGGAAUGGAGAAGCGAGGACAACCUUCGAAUGGUGCUUUUUUGGGUUUCACACUCGAAUGAUCGUCAAUAAGGAGAAGAAUGAGAGGCAACAGCGUCUUUGGAACAUGAAGCAAGCUGUAGCAAAAUUCAGCGACACGACCUUUGGCCAAAUCGAUCCAACGACGGCACAGAACAUUGUCGCCUCGCUCGCAAACGAAAGGAUCUGGUCACCUCACUCCAAAUUGCUUGAAAAGCAUGUCUUUAAUCAAAACACUGAGGUCAUGCACCGAGGCAGCCCUAGCACCUUCAAUGAGGCGACAAGACGGUUAAGCGAGGACUAUAUCGUGGUAGGCAUCCCCUGCAAUCGAGGACUUCCAGCUUCGCAAAGAACUGUACCUGCCAGUGAGGGUCUGGGCAUCCCAAUGCCAGAUGCGUAUAAGGAGGCAACAGCAGCUACACAAAUUGUAGGGUAG